CGAGCCAAUGGCAGACGUGGUUGUUGCAAAGUCCUCUAGAAAGAAAAAGCGUCUGGGGUUAGGCCCUAGGGGUCCGGAAAGCCUUUAGGCGGCGGCCUUGGCUGUGAUGAAAUCUGCUGGUAAUUCCAGGACCUGGGUCCACCAGUCCCCCGCCUCAGGGAUACUGUUGGGAUUUCGCAGAGGUCGCAAGAACCAGUUCAAACACAUCAUCCAUGGCUUUCUCCCUGCGGCCAGCAUUGCUCCGAAGCCAGCUGUGCCCCGCACACCUCCACCCCGCAGCCCCAACCCGUCUCCGGAGAGGCCACGAUCUGCUCUGGCCGCAGUCAUUCUGUCCACAACGUUAACUGGGCGCACCGUAGCCAUCCCUCAGCCUCGCCAGAGAUCUCCGGCUGAGAGCAACACAACAUCCAUUGAAAAGGACAGCUUCAUCGAUCCCUAUGCUAUCUCCUCGGAGCUGCGGCUUGGACCAAAUGGGCAGAGUGAGGAGAGAAGAACUUCCUUGCCAUCCUUUGAAACACUGGGCAGCGGGGAAGAAGAGGACAGUGAAUCUCAGCCGUCAUCCCGCUGCAGGGAGGUGGAGAAUGUCAGUGCCCAGAAGGAAGAGGGAGGUGGCAGUGAUGCCGUGUAUGCCGCACCCCCCAGAAACAAGAUACCAUUGUCACGUGGGGUGGACAGUGAAGACGACGAAGUCAUUGCUAACCCAGAUGGGUUUCCAGGCUCACCUCUCACACCGCGGCACACCCAACAAAAAGAUGAUAAACACCCUAUUCUGAAUUUAAAGGAUGGAAAACCUCUGUUGCGUGAAAAACCUCCACCCUCCCCAGAUAUAACUGGUAGAGGACGUCAAAGAUGUAUAGAAAUAACCAAAGAAAGAUUUGAGGAACUGAAAGAGGAAAACGUGUGCCUGCACAACGUAAAUCAGACCCUGACCCUGCAGCUGGCCGGCACGAGACAAGCAAUGGAAGAGCUUCGGCUCAACCUGGAGAGAGCGGAGAGCGGGGAGGGAGAGCCGGGAGGCCGGGCGGCCGCGUCCCAGGGAGUUACCACACCUGAGUUACUUUAUCUAAGAAAACAAGCUCAAGAAUUGGUGGACGAAAAUGAUGGGUUGAAAAUGACUGUCCAUCGUUUGAAUGUAGAACUAAGUCGUUAUCAGACAAAAUUCAGACAUCUGUCCAAGGAAGAGAGUUUAAAUAUCAAAGGCCUCCCAUCAAAGGGUCCUAUACCACCCUGGUUGGUGGAUAUGAAGCGCCUGUCACCGUUGUUGCUGGCUUACGAAGACAGGAUGAAGGAGAAGGACGAGCUCAACGCCACCCUCAGGGAGGAAAUGAGAAUGUUUAGGAGUCGAGUCCAAGAAGUGGUGACAGAAAACGAAGAGCUGCACCGGGCGCGGAGCGGGAGCUGCCCCACCGCCCGCCGGGAACGGCGUCAGCUUCAGACUCAAGCAGAACUGGUUUUGGAGGAAAACAAGCUGUUAAUAGAGCAGUUGGAGCUUCAGCAAACCAAAGCUAAGGACGCCCACCAGGAGCAUCUGCAAGAAGUUUCCAAGCUGACUAAACAACUCAUGCUGUUGGAGACUAAAACCCAGGACCAGGAAAAGAAGCUGAGGGAGAACCAGGAGCAGCUGGAGAUGUUACUGGCCGAGCGCCAGGAGCUCAGCACACACCUGCACCGCAGAAUUUCACUGGAAGUUCACACUUCCAUUGUAAAUGAAUUAAAAAGUCGGUUACAGAAGGAAGAAGAGAAACAAAGUGCUGAGAUGGAAGAGUUGACGGAGAAGUUGACGGUCCUGCAAAUGCAGAAAAAGAGCCUGGUCUUAGAGAAGAGCAGUCUGACAGCGAGAAACAAAGUGCUGGAGGCUGAACUCAGAAGGGCCCAGAAAACAAAUAGGAGAUCUCAAAAGAAAAUUGAUGUCCUCAAAAAGCAGGUGGAAAAAGCCAUGGGGAACGAGAUGUCUGCUCACCAGUAUUUGGCAAACCUUAUUGGCCUGGCAGAGAAUAUAACCCAGGAACGUGACCGUCUUAUACAUGUGGCUAAAUGUUUAGAAAAUGAGAAGCAUGGAGUUAUCAACAAAAUCAUAAAAGGCAACAUUCGCUUGGGGAAGUUAGAGGAAAAAGUCAAGGGGUAUAAGAAGCAGACAGCUCUGAAGCUGGGAGACAUCAGCCACCGUCUGACGGAGCAGCAGGAGGACUUCCACGGCAAGACCACGCAGUACCUGCAGGAGGUGAGGCGCCUCCAGCAGAUGCUGAAGGACAAACAGGACGUCCUGGACGAGGCCCUGCGGCAGAAAAGAGAAAUGGAAGGUGAACUUGAAGUGGUUUGGGAGUCCACCUCCAAGGAAAACCAAAGGAUCCGAGAACUACUCCGGGCCACCCUCGCGAGGACAGGAGUGUGGGGUGACACCGGGGCGUUGGAGGACCCCUGCCCCGAGGGACUCUCUCAGGAAGACCUGCUGGUUGGCUAUAGUUUCAGCUACUGUGACACAAAGCCUCAUAUGCGGGAGCCUCUGGAGAAGACCCAUCCCCCUGAGAAGUCCACCUUACCCAAGCUGGGGAAGGGCAGCCCCCUGCCCUAGGAGAGCCAACAGUGGCAAGGGGAGACACGGGAGCCCACGGAGUGUUGCAGAGCAAGGAGAAAAUAAGCUGUCUCUGAGUUUAAUACGUUGUUGACAUUUCCUUGCUGAAAUACUUCUGAGCCAGUGCGUGUCCCCUGGCCAAGCUGCCCCUGAGGCUCGCCUCGUGAGCCCUGUGGGACAGGCUGGGGGUGGGGGGCGGGACGAGCCCCGUGCUGGUGUUGGGUGAAGUGUUGCUGGAGGAACCGUGCGAUGGAAGCAGCGGUAAUGAUGGCCACGCUCUAGCUGUGGUGGCGUUUUCUUGUUUUGUAAAAACCAAGGCGCUGGCACUCAGGCCCCAGUAAGUUGUACCGACCUGUUCUUGCCCCUGUCUCCUUCCCUCACCUCUUCGGAAGGUGACUGAUUCUGGGGCCACAUAUCUCCCCCUCUGUGACAAGAACUCUGGCUUGGAGCCCCGAGGUAGGGUCCCUGCCUUAUUGCCACCACCAAGAGAGACACCAGGGGCCACGGUGUGGGUUCCUCUGUGCCAUCUCCUCAGGUUAACGGUCCCAGCUCCUCAGGACCAUUCACUAGGACUUCCCAGCCUGAGUGCCAGUUAUCUACAGCCCCUUGUCCUGGGUGUGCUGUGGGGACUCAGGGACAUCCGUCUACAGAGGACCCUGACUGUGGGGGGAGGGCUGGGGUCCUGGGACACAUCCUGUGGCGGGGCCCCUCACAGCUGAGCCCCUCGUCAUCUCAUCCCACCACUGGUCCUCGUCACGUGUGGAGCUUACACAGCUCUGCUUGCGAGGUGGAAAGUUGGGAUUGCAAUUCCUAGUUCUUUUACAUUUUUUCUCUUUGUCACCUUAAAGGCUUUGAGUUCUUUUAUAUUUUAUUA